UCCGUUUAGUCCGACAGUCCGACUUGUCUUCACACUUUAACCCGCAUCUACCCGAAUCGCCCCCGCCCUACUCGUUCCGAUUGCCGCCGCCAGCCACAGCUCUUCUAGUUUUCAGUAAGUUUGGGGUUUACGAGCUAGAGAGAGAGAGAGAGAGAGAGAGAGAGAUGUUAUUCAUAGUAGGCCUAGGACUGGGUGAUGAGAAGGACAUAACUCUGAGAGGAUUAGAAGCUGUGAAGAAGUGCGAAAAGGUGUACAUUGAGGCCUACACUUCUCUCCUCUCUUUCGGUCUCUCUUCCGAUGGCCUUUCCACACUCGAAAAAUUGUAUGGGAAAUCAAUUACGCUUGCGGAUAGGGAAAUUGUAGAGGAAAAAGCCGAUGGUAUUCUAUCCGAGGCUCGUGAGUCUGACGUGGCUUUCCUUGUUGUUGGGGAUCCUUUUGGAGCAACUACACACAGUGAUCUUGUUGUACGAGCAAAGAAAAUGGGGGUUGAAGUCAAGGUGGUGCACAAUGCAUCAGUGAUGAAUGCAAUUGGUGUAUGCGGGCUACAACUCUACCGCUAUGGAGAGACCAUUUCAAUACCAUUCUUUACCGAAACAUGGAGACCCGAUAGCUUUUACGAGAAGAUUAAACAAAAUCGCUUGCUCGGAUUGCAUACACUCUGCUUACUAGAUAUACGGGUGAAGGAACCCUCACUGGAAUCUUUGUGCAGAGGAAGAAAGCAGUAUGAACCACCUAGAUACAUGACAAUAAACACUGCCAUUGAGCAGCUCCUGGAGGUUGAGCAAACCCAAGGAGGAUCUGCCUACAACGAAGACACCGAUUGUGUUGGGUUUGCUCGGCUGGGAAGUGAGGAUCAGAUGAUAGUUGCAGGUACAAUGAGGCAACUACAGACGAUUGAUUUUGGAACACCUCUGCAUUGCCUUGUCAUAGUAGGCAAGACCCAUCCAGUGGAAGAAGAAAUGUUGAACUUUUACAAACUUAGAGGAGAGAGUUUGGAACGGAUUGAUGUGACCAUCUGAUUUUUCUCUAGAAGGGAUGAGUAUAUACUGCCUCCUUAUUCAAGUUGGUUAGUUUGGUAUACCUUUCUAUUUUUUAUUUAUAUCUGCCUUAACUCCUGCCACCCAAAAAGAACCAACACUUGCAAAGGGGUUCCAUAUGAACCUUAACACAGCAGUUUUGUUCCACCCAGCCACCUUAAACAAAUUUUGCAUAUCUUUUUAAAUUUGUAUGAACUUUUGUGGAUUGAGGUAAAUGUUUUUUUCAUUGUGAUGUUUCA